CUGACGUACAGUUUGAACCUAAAACUAAACACAAUGUUCGCUAAGGUGUUGUUCGCUUGCGCGCUUAUAAGCGUUGCUCGUGCAGGAUUGCUUGCGGGAGGUCACGGUGCUCUCUCUACGCAGAGCAUUGUGUUGGGCGCCCCUGCCCUUGCGCAUGGCUAUGGAGGAUACGCAGCAGCUCCCGCUAUCGCCGCACCGGCUUUGGGAUACGGACUAGGUCACGGCGCGGUGGUCGCGCACGCGCCCGUAUACCGCCCAGCCCUCGCGCACGCCGCUGCCCCUGUUGAGAUAUAUGCCCACCCCCGCUACCAAUUCAACUACGGCGUCGCUGACGGCCACACCGGCGACCAGAAGAGCCAGUGGGAAGCCCGCGACGGUGACGUCGUGAAGGGUCAGUACUCCCUCGUCGAGCCCGACGGUACCGUGCGCACUGUCAACUACUCUGCUGAUGACCAUAAUGGUUUCAACGCGGUAGUAAGCAGGCAGGGUCACGCCGCGCACCCCGCGGCUCACGCCGUCGUCGCCGCCCCUGCUCUGGGCCACGGCGCUCUCCUCCACGGCUAGACCUCCACGCCAACCCUAGACCAACACCGAUGACACCUAUUUAUUUACUACUUAGCUUAAGCACGGACGGAAUGCGACCACGAAAGAGCAUUGUACUACGAACGGCUUUCAGAAUGCUUACAGACUAACCGUUUCAGAAUUUGUAUACAAGGGACUAAGGCCCAAAUUAGCUUAGUACUUUACAUUUCAUUCAUCUAUUUAAAGUGCAUUAGAACUUUUGUAUUAUAAUUUCUUGUAGUUUGUAAGUAUUUUCAUGUUUUUAUAUUUUCAAACUUCUAUACAUUUUGUGAAACGUUAGACGAUUGCUUGCGGGGUGCUGUGCAGAAACCUAGGUUUUUGUGACUGAUAAUAAUAAAUUAAACAUAAUAUUUUCAUAUAGCACUGUUUUUUAUUCUUAAAGCCUGAGCUCUGCUUAGAACCCUUACUAAAAGCAAAGUCUAUGUCUAUGUAUUUUAUUGAGUUCUACAUGAAAAUGGCAGAUAGCAUGGCACUAUGGGCGACAUUUUACUCUACGCCGUUUUUAUUAUAGUUCUUGUUACACAAAAAACACGCACAAACUUAUGAUUCUCCAAAAAGUUACUCUCCUUAAAUAUCAUAUUAAGAGAACGCAUUAUAUUGAAAGGAAAAUUACCUCUCAUCUCUAAAAGUCAUAUCUUCCA